AUGGACAAUAUGUAUUCAUCCGCUCGUUGUGAUAACAACUUCGAGUUUAUAUCUACGUUUACUCGUCGGUCGAAGAGACGUCUCUUAAUUAUUUUAAGACAUUUAACCUUUCUUCUUUUCACUAAUUCAUUCGCCUUCUCUUCUUUACAUCUUACUUAUUUCUGCUCUUUCUCUACUAAUUCUUGUUUUUUUUUCUCUUCAUAUUUUUUCACCCCUUUGACCAUUCUUGCUUUUUUUCUGUCUAUUCUAUUGUUGCCUUUUUACAUUUUCUGUUCUUCGUCCAUUAUUGACAUUUUUUUUUAUUUCGCCUAUGCGUGUCUGUUGUUUUUUUUUUAUUUUCUUUCAUUCGUCUAUUUUAAGGCCGGUUUUUCCUUUUCUCUCUUUCAUCUAUUUUUCUUUCCUUUUAUUCGUUCAUUCUUUUUCAUUUUUUUUUUUACUUUCUCUCCUUCGUCCAUUCUUUUUCUUUUCUUCAUUGUCUCCAGUCUCACUUUUUUUCUUUCUUCUCCUUUGUUCAUUCACUUCUGUUUUUUUUUUUUUUUUUUCCCAAGCAUUAAUUUUGUGUUUUAA